UGGAAAGGAAUCUACAAACAAGAACAAAGAGAAGUUUGGGCUCAGACUCUCAGGAUCCGGGCUUGGAAAUGCCUCAGCCUAGUGUAAGCGGAAUGGAUCCGCCUUUUGGGGAUGCCUUUCGAAGCCACACCUUUUCAGAACAGACUCUGAUGAGCACAGAUCUCUUAGCAAACAGUUCAGAUCCAGAUUUCAUGUAUGAACUGGAUAGAGAGAUGAACUACCAACAGAAUCCUAGAGACAACUUCCUUUCUUUGGAGGACUGCAAAGACAUUGAAAAUCUGGAGUCUUUCACAGAUGUCCUGGAUAAUGAGGGUACUUUAACCUCAAACUGGGAACAGUGGGAUACAUACUGUGAAGACUUAACGAAGUACACCAAACUAACCAGCUGUGACAUCUGGGGAACAAAAGAAGUGGAUUACUUGGGUCUUGAUGACUUUUCUAGCCCUUACCAAGAUGAAGAGGUCAUAAGCAAAACUCCAACUCUGGCCCAGCUCAAUAGCGAGGACUCGCAGUCUGUUUCUGAUUCCCUUUAUUACCCUGAUUCACUUUUCAGUGUCAAACAAAACCCCUUGGCCUCUUCAUUCCCUGGUAAAAAGAUCACAAGCAGAGCAGCUGCCCCUGUGUGUUCUUCUAAGGCUCUUCAAGCUGAGGUCCCUUUGUCAGACUGUGUCCAAAAGGCAAGUAAACCCACUUCAAGCACACAAAUCAUGGUGAAGACCAACAUGUAUCAUAAUGAAAAAGUGAACUUUCAUGUUGAAUGUAAAGACUAUGUGAAAAAGGCAAAGGUAAAGAUCAACCCAGUGCAGCAGAGCCGGCCUCUCUUGAGCCAGGUUCAUGCAGAUGCAGCAAAGGAAAACACCUGCUACUGUGGAGCAGUAGCCAAGAGACCAGAGAAGAGAGGGACGGAGCCUCUGCAGGGUCAUGCCACUCCAGCCUUGCCUUUUAAAGAAGCCCAGGAACUGUUACUCAGUCCCCUGCCUCAGGAGGGGCCUGGGUCAGUUGCAGCAGGAGAGAGUAGCAGCCUUUCUGCCAGCACAUCGGUCUCAGAUUCAUCCCAGAAAAAAGAAGAGCACAAUUAUUCCCUUUUUGUCUCUGACAACUUGGGUGAGCAGCCAACCAAAUGCAGUCCUGAAGAAGAUGAGGAGGAUGAGGAGGAUGUUGACGAUGAGGACCAUGAUGAAGGAUUUGGCAGCGAGCAUGAGCUUUCUGAAAAUGAGGAAGAGGAAGAAGAGGAAGAGGAUUAUGAAGAUGACAAGGACGAUGACAUUAGUGACACUUUCUCUGAACCAGGCUAUGAAAAUGAUUCUGUGGAAGACUUGAAGGAGAUGACUUCAAUUACCUCUCGGAAGAGAGGUAAAAGAAGGUACUUCUGGGAGUACAGUGAGCAACUCACACCAUCACAGCAAGAGAGGAUGCUGAGGCCAUCUGAAUGGAACCGAGAGACCUUGCCAAGUAACAUGUAUCAGAAAAAUGGCUUACACCAUGGAAAAUAUGCAGUCAAGAAGUCUCGGAGAACAGAUGUGGAAGACCUGACUCCAAACCCUAAAAAACUGCUCCAGAUAGGCAACGAACUGCGGAAGCUGAAUAAAGUGAUUAGUGAUCUGACUCCAGUCAGUGAGCUUCCCUUAACAGCCCGGCCAAGGUCAAGGAAGGAGAAAAAUAAGCUGGCUUCCAGGGCUUGUCGGUUAAAGAAGAAAGCACAGUAUGAAGCUAAUAAAGUGAAAUUAUGGGGCCUCAACACAGAAUAUGAUAAUUUAUUGUUUGUAAUCAACUCGAUCAAGCAAGAGAUUGUAAACCGAGUACAGAAUCCAAGAGAGGAGAGAGGACCCAACAUGGGGCAGAAGCUUGAAAUCCUCAUUAAAGAUACUCUUGGUCUCCCAGUUGCUGGGCAAACCUCAGAAUUUGUUAACCAGGUGUUAGAGAAGACUGCAGAAGGCAAUCCCACUGGAGGCCUUGUAGGACUAAGGAUACCAACAUCAAAAGUGUAA